GGUAAAUUUCAUUGAAUAAAUAAUAAAGGUCAUACAUUUUUAUUAACCUUUAUAGAUAAAGACUAAUAUGCUGCAUUCCUUUUGUGUAUACGAGCAAAGCAUAGUUGCUCGCCUCUACAGUUCGUCCCGAUUCCCUUCCUCUUCUUUUCCCCGAUCGACCGCACCAAUAUGCCAGUUUGCCACAAAUUGAGCGAUUGUGAUUAUAUCUUAUUACUUACUCAAUUGAUUAACUCAACAUCCGUCCUCUUGGGAGAUCUAUUCUCUGGUGAGGCGUCACAUCAAAAUUCUCAUGAAAGUACAUCGGACGGAAAUUCGGAUCACAACUCUUCGGGGGAUGAAGACUCUCAGAUGAGGUUGCGUCUUAAACGAAAACUGCAAAGAAAUCGUACUUCAUUCACAAACGAACAAAUCGAUAGUCUAGAAAAGGGUAUGUCUGUUAACUAA